AUGGCAGCAGAAUACGAACACACGUUUUACUUUUGCGAUCCAUCUAAACGAUCAUGGCAGUCACCUUCCUCCUCUCCCCCUUCCUCAUACCAAGCCUGUCACAGUGAUGAGGGCUAUGAUUCAGACGAGAAGCGUUCCUCAUCACACGCUCAGGAGAUUCCAAUUCUUAAAAGCACUCGAAGCAUUACAAGACACCUCAUUACUCAUCCUCCACCAUGGAUGCACUCAUUCCCACCGGUGUUCAUCGCCUUUACCAUCUUAUUUCAUACCACUCACCUAUUUGCACACCUACUCGAUCUGCUGACGUUAGAACGCCUGUGUGUUGUCUACGGUACCUGGCUGUAUUCAACAGGUUGGCUCCUGGGAACACUCGUAUUUACAGAGCGACUUCCUAGCGACUUUUACUACCCAACCCUCCUAUUCUGGAUACUGAUGCUCGAACGGCGGAAUGCGUGGGGAAUUAUUGUGUGGGAAUUCGUCGGACGUUUAGACCAUCCUCACGAACCUGCAUCAGCAAAUAGAUGGCGGCUGUUUGUGUUUAGAACCUGGUGCCUGUUAGGUACCGGAUCCUUUUGGGGAUUGCUUUAUACAGCCCUGGCCCACUCAGACGGAUUCGCACUCUCAUAUUUACUUGCGUACACCAGCAUUCUCAAAUUACUGCUGGUUAGCACAUUCGGUGGUCUGAUGAUGAUCUGCUAUUGGAGUUUCUGGACAUUCCAAUACAGAGGUGUUCUCUGGAGAAAAGAACUCCGGAAAGGCAUCGUUGUCUGGAUCAGCGAAGGUGUUACUCGCGCUGGCGACGUCGAGUAA